AUGAACUCAAAGAUGGAAAUAAAAUAUUUGCCCAGAGUUGACUUGGACAAGCAGCCUCAACACCAACUCGAGGCCGAUGCCCAAGUUUCUUUGGCGGAGUACCUCGAGGAUGGAGAGCCUGAAUGCCGUCGAGGCACCUUGAGCAGUCCCAGACCCACGUCCGCGGAAAGCGAACUGGAAAAAGAGCAGGGGCAACAAAUACGGGAUAGAUUCAGGCUGGUGAGUGCAGACAAUAAAAGCUUAAGUAAGAGAAGAAGGAUAAUCGCCGAUCUCAGUUUAGUCAUUGCCAUGCUGGGCUUGAGUCUCGCGAUUGCCGACUUGGAGCUCGACUGUAUACUUGCUUGGACUCAUAAGGAUGCCCCGACUAGAUGA